AGUUUUGGCAGGUUUUGGCAUUUGUGAUUUGAGAAAUGUCAUUAAUGAAUAUUGAGAAAUUUUUUAGUUCGCUUUUGGUAUCUAACGUGGGAGUAUAUUAAUAUAUUUUAAAGUGCACUAGACGCUAAAUAAAGAGUGAACAACUUAAUUCAAACUUUCUAAGGGGUCUUCGGUAGGUACCUAUAACACUUUAAAUUAGUUCUUGGGAUUUACUUGUUAACUGUACCGUUGAUCAAUAUGUUGACAAUAAAACCUGAAGAAAUGGAAAAUGACGAAAACCAAGUUACUGGAGACGUUAUCGGAGAUACGGCAUACAGUGAGCGGUUUGUUUUAAAAAUACUUUUGAAAUUAGCUAACCUUGAUACACUUAAAGAGGAGAUAAAUGGACAGCCUUUUGAAGAUGAUCUAUGUACUUUAUGGGAUAUGACUGCAGAGAGAGAUGUGGUCCUCUUUCUGCAAAGGCAUGAUGUGCUGAAUCUUCUGUCUUUUGCCUGGCCUAUAGUGGAGUCACCACGCGUUAUAGAAAUGGUAGUUGGUAUCAUUGCAAACAUGUGCUGCCAAAAAGAAGCUGUUGAUGAACUACUCACUAUGGUACCAUUUCUUAAAUCUGUGAUGGAAUGCAUCAAGUCUGAUGACAGUAUGAUCCUUAUUCAGUUGAUGCGCCUUAUAAACUCCAGUUUGUUUUUGGGUGAUAAUGCCCAUAUUCCUAUCUGGAUGAGACUUUUUGUUGAAAUUGGUUAUUCCAAUUAUUUAUAUUAUAUUUUGAGGAAUUCAUCUAACAGGGAUGUGUUAAUGAAUGCCCUGGAAAACUUCAACACAAUCUGUUCAUACUGCAAUAUUGAAGAAUUCAGAUCAGAUUUCUUUGGGCAUUUUGUUAGUGUGGAAGCACUUGAGUGCUUGAUUGUUGCUUACAUUGAAGUCACAGAGAAACACAAGGAGUUUUGUGAGAGAGAGCAAUUUGAAAGAAUACUUCUAAUAAGUAUACAAGUGACUUUAAAUCUUGUUGGAUUUGAUAAAUCAGUUGGCAUUUUCAGUGACAACAAGCGGGACGCAUUAAAAAUGAUUUCAUUAGCUUUCAAAUACUAUGAAAACAAGCUUGUUAAUUUGAAGGAAAUUGACAUGGAUUUAGUGGACAUAGUUGCUUCAACAAUAUCUGUGACAAACAUUCUGAAUAUUAAUGAGAUCAGUGAUCUUGAAGAUUACUUUAUUCAAAGCUUCAGGAUGUGGAAAACUCUUCAUUAUAUGCUUAAUGCGGAAGAACAAGCCAACGAAAAUGAUCCGGAGGACUUAGUUUUACUUUCCAAUCAACUUAAAACCUCAUUGAGUACGCUAAUGUUUGUGUACAUGGAGAAAUGUAAAGAGGUUUACUUGCUGAAGCUCUUGGAUGAAGUCACUGAUGACUAUGAUGAAAUUACGAACUUUGUUGAGGAUGAAUCUCUGUUAAGUAAUGUAAAUGAGCGAGUUGCUAGGACUAGGUUGAAAAUGGUUAAAUGUUAAAGGAAUGGAUAUCAAUAAAAAUGGCACAAAAAUUACAAUUGCAUACUGUGAAAGUUGUUUAAGGAAAAAGAGUUUUUCUUAUUGGAAACUGACACAAAAUAACCAUACUUCAAUUUGAAGUUUUUAAGCCUAGUGUGGAGGAAUAAAGAUGACAAUUUAUUUAUUUGCUUGACAAUAAGGCAUUCAUGAAUCUGCUUCAAAAAUCAUUGAUAAAUAUGAACUAUUGAUGUGAUAUGAGGUCAAUGUUUUGGUCCUAUAUUCUAAUAUGUAAUUUCUUGACCACUAAAAUAGGGCUUAGUAUAUAUCUGACAUGAAGUAUCCGCCUACCUUUUAGUAUUGUAGUUAUUUGUAAAUAAAGCUUAUGACAUGAUAUAUUA